AAUCUGAAAAACCAUACUAUAAUAUAACUGCUCAAAAAAAUUUUUUGGCUAAACAAAAAUGUGCUGAAGAUAAGCUUUAUGAGUUAAAUGAGUUAUAUAAUAUUGUGUGUAAUUCUAGAUAG